GCAGUUUUUGGAGAACACAAUAUAUAAAGCAAGCAAUAAUAGAACGGCAAGUGGCAAUGGCCUAUUAGAACUUUGAAUUGGAAAUAUCCAUGUAUCUAUCUAUAUCUACUGUAAAAUUGCAUGCAUGUCUUUAUUUGUUUCUUCAAUCCCAUGCUGGUUGGUCGACACCAGUCAACAUGUUACAUGUAGAUUAAUCCAAUAAUAUUUUCAUGUGAAUUGAAGCAAGACCUCUCUCGCUCUCUCUCUCGAUUUUUUGAUAUGGGAGAAGCACAAGAACAGCAGCUCAGCAUCAUGGCUCAGGAAGCAAAUGAAGCAAGGUCACCAGGGCAUACAAAUGUUCCCAACCGGUCACUGCUUCCUAGGCGCAGAAGUUUCAACUGGUGGCUUAGAGUGGCCAUUUAUGCAUUCCUUGUCAUCGCUGGCCAGUCAGUUGCAACACUCUUGGGAAGAUUGUACUUCGACAAAGGCGGUGACAGCAAAUGGCUGGCAACAGUGGUACAACUUUGUGGCUUUCCUGUCCUGCUUCCCUACUAUUGCAUCCCAGCAGCAAGCAGAAAUCCAAUCACAAAAAAUAGUACUGUCCAAUUCAAACCACGGUCCACCUUAGUCCUUGCAUCAGUAUAUGGCUCUAUUGGCCUCUUAGUAGCACUGGACUGCUACUUGUAUUCUGUAGGCCUAGCUUACCUUCCUGUGUCUACUUAUUCCCUCAUUUGUGCAUCCCAAUUGGCCUUCAAUUCACUUUUCUCCUUCCUCCUCAACUCACAAAAGUUCACUCCCUACAUUGUCAAUUCUCUAGUUCUCCUCACCAUCUCCUCCACCCUCCUCGUGUUUCAAGGCGACUCUGCGGAUGACCCUAGUGGAGGAUCGAAAACAAAGUAUGCGAUCGGGUUCAUAUGCACUGUUGGGGCAUCAGCCGGAUAUGGAUUGGUGCUUUCCCUAACACAACUUGCCUUCAAAAGGGUUAUAAGAAAGGAGACAUUUAGAGUGGUCAUGGAUAUGAUAGUGUAUCAAUCUCUAGUUGCAACCUGUGUCAUCAUGGUCGGGCUUUUCGCUAGCGGAGAGUGGAAGGGUUUGAAGAAAGAGAUGGGGAUGUACAAACUAGGGACGGUAUCCUAUGUUAUGAAUUUGGUAUGGACAGCUAUAACAUGGCAGCUUUUUAAUAUUGGCGCAAUAGGCUUGAUUUUGGAGGCCUCUUCCCUCUUCUCCAAUGCCAUAAGUGCUAUGGGUUUGCCUGUUGUUCCAGUUCUAGCUGUGAUCUUCUUCCACGACAAAAUGGAUGGAAUUAAGGCAAUGGCCAUGGUUUUGGCCAUUUGGGGCUUUAUUUCUUAUGCUUAUCAGCACUACCUUGAUGAUCGUAAGUCCAAGAAUGAGAACAAAAAUGUCAAUGGUGAAGUUUCUAAAGCUUCAUCACUGGAAAAUAUUAAUGGUUGAAUAGAUUGGCUUCUGUAUAUCAUCAAUCUAAGUCUAGUUUUAUGCAAAAGAAGAAUUACAAGCUUUCCCCUUA